AUGGGACUUAGAUUGGCAUUUCUCUUUAUCGUCAUAAUACAUUUUACAAGCUGUUUGGACAACACUACAGACACCAGCACCACAUCACCAUUAAACACUCUACUAUGUUCUGGAAGACUACCUGGGGACGUAGAUUUUCAGACAGUAGACCUGAUAGCAGUAUACCGCUUGGAUCGGCCCGAUACCACGGGUAUUACCUUGGUACAGGGUUCACAGGAUUUACAAAGGGCGUACAGGAUUGGAGAUGGCGCAAACCUGACAUUACCCGUGAGGAAAGUCUUUCCCAACGGUUUACCAGAGCAGUUCAGCAUCACGGCCACGUUUAACCCUCGGAACCAACGCAGACCUUGGAGCCUCAUACGAGUGCGAUCACAGAAUCUUCUCUUCUCCCUGACAUUCCUACCUCAUGUACGAAAAAUGGCGGUUUUCGUUCAGAAAACAAGGGUUAUUUUCUCUUGUCCAGAAUUAUUUCGUGUUGGAUGGCACAAAGUACAUGUUACCAUCACUAAUGGUACAGUAUACGCUGCAGUGGAUUGUAUCGAGUUAGAACCAGAGGAUAUCCCGUCACACAGUUUCAAUAACGCUACAACGGUGACGAUAGUAUCAAACGACGAUGGAACCCCAGCUCCGAUAGACCUGCAAUGGCUGUCUCUGAGUUGCAACCCAUUUAACCUUACUGAGGAAAGCUGUGAGGAGAUUGAAAUAGCCGAGCCGCUGAUAGAGUCACCUAUGACCGGCUCGCAGUCUUCACCAAAUGUGAAUCCAUUACUUGCUCCAGUAUGUAAUGCUUCGUGUCCACCAGGUCCCCAGGGCCCCCAAGGCCAGAAAGGUGAUCAAGGAGUGCCAGGCUACACGGGUCUUCCAGGUGUUCGAGGCUUACAGGGGCUCCCCGGGGAUCUUGGGCCCCCAGGUCCUAAAGGAGACAGGGGUGAUCGAGGACCACCCGGAAAUAGCACUAAUGUAGCAAUAUUGCCAGGGCCUCCAGGGGAACCUGGGCGAAGAGGAAUCAAAGGAGAUAGAGGAGAUGCGGGUCAAAAGGGCGAACCAGGAGAAGUGGGUCUAGUUGGUUUGGCUGGGGUGCCCGGAUCUGAUGGAAAGGAUGGAUUGCCGGGGCCUCCUGGAGCAAUGGGGCCUCGUGGUGACAGAGGAUAUCCAGGUCCUCCAGGGCCCGUUGCUCACGUAAAUACCUCUGUCGUACAAGGCAGUAAAGGUGAAAAAGGAUCUCCUGGCAGACCAGGACGUGAUGGAGAAAUGGGGCCUCGAGGGUUGUCCGGGAUAGACGGACAUGAUGGAUUACCUGGCGUUCAAGGGCCUCCUGGUUUGCCUGGAAUACCAGGAGAACGAGGUUUUACGGGAUUACAGGGCCUUGCUGGAGAGAGAGGCCCUGAGGGCCCACAGGGCCCUGAAGGCCGCCAGGGCGCCCCGGGUCCCCAAGGUCCUCCAGGUUUAACAACAACUUCUGGAGUCAGUAUGCCUGGUCUACCUGGACCUCAAGGAGAAAGAGGAGAGAAAGGUGAAGGAGGUUUACCAGGAAUACCAGGCAGGGACGGACUGGAUGGUAUACCGGGGUCUCCAGGACCGAGAGGUGCUCCUGGACCUAUUGCACCUAGAGAUAUUAUUGUUGAGCAUCAAUCAAUCACAGAAGGAGAUGUAAGAAAUAUUUGUGAAGAUUUAAUGAGAGAUCGCUUAAAAGAAUUAGCAGAUAGUUUAGUAAUGCUUCCUCCAGCAGUCAGUGUUGGGAGACGGGGGCCGAUUGGAAGACCUGGGCCACCAGGGCCCCCAGGUAUACCAGGAGAAACAGGGAUCAUUGGUCAUAGAGGAUAUCCGGGUGAGACUGGAGAACCGGGCCGACCGGGAGAACCAGGCCCUAGAGGAGAUAAAGGAGAUAACGGAGAUAGAGGCCCUGAAGGAGUUGGGAUUCCGGGGCCCGAGGGAUCUAGAGGAUUACCAGGUCCAGUAGGUCCCGCUGGACCUGAGGGAAGGCAAGGUGAACGAGGAAGCCCUGGGCGAGAAGGUGUCAUUGGUCCCCGUGGUGUGCCAGGUCCUAGAGGAACCUGUGACUGUCCCCUCGCAUCGUACUACGCUUAUCCACAGACUAUAGGAAAUGUUAAAGGACCAUAG